CAGUUUCAGCGGAAAAGCAGAACGAGAUCUCAGAGAAGAAAAUGACGACUCCCGACGAAAGUGUUUCCGUGAGGAAGUGGCUUCCUCUCGAAGCCAAUCCUGAUGUCUUGAACAAGUUUCUUCGGAUCAUGGUCUUCCAGAGCGCGAGGCAUGGUGUUUUGAGGUUUUAGGUCUGGAUGAGAAGUACUUGGCAUCGGUCUGGCGGCCUGUACUUGCUGUUUCUUUAUCCAAUAACUUUUCAGACCGAAGAGGAAAGAAUGCUCGAGGAAAAUGAGUUUUGGGUGAGUACAAGGGCAUAAUUAUCACUGUCUAUUUAGUUCUAGAUGUUUGUGUUUGCAUGGAUAUUAUUGGCCAAUUGAUUGGAAAUUGUUAGAGCAUAAAAUUAUUGUAACCUAGUCUAAUGUGUUGAUACCAUCCUAUGGUGAGAAAUAUCAUUGAAAUGUUGGUAAUUAGUUCUUGAAAGUCUUAUCUUGCUUUUGAAUUUAUGUACCAUGGCUGAGAUUUCUUAAUGCUAUUUUGGGUUGUAGGAAGCUGCCAACAAAGUUUUUUUUCAUAACACAAACCGUUGAAAAUGCUUGUGCAACAAUCGGGCUUCUCCAUGCUGUUGCAAAUAUGACUUCAGAAAUCAGUCUAUAAGAAGAAAACUUCAUGACAAUUUUCUAGAGUACAGUAUGAGAUAUUUACAUUUUCUAGAAUCAUGGUUACUAUGGAUGCUGAAGAAUCAUUCUUGGAUAGAUUUUUAAAAACCACUGCAAGCAUGAAUCCAUUUGAGCGUGGAGUAUAUCUUGAAAAUGACAGAGAAAUCAAAGUUUCUCAUUCUGUAGCAGCUACAGCUGGUGAAACAGAAGGAAACUUUAUGAGCUUGAUGGAAGGAAGUCAGGACCAAUACCACAUGGUGCUUCCUCGCCAGACAGCUUAUUGCAGGAGGCCGUCAAGUUCAUACAACGCAUGAUCCAGAAACACCCAGGCUCACUCAACUACAAAGUUAUUGCGAUUUCAAAAUGGUCGUAGGUGCAUAACACAGUUGACUACCUAUGUUCAUUCAAUUUCUUCAAACCAAUUAAGUUUUUGAUGUUAAACUCUCCUCGAUAGAGUUAGGAAGCAAAUAUACUCCUAUCCUCUAU